GUCUUCUGGUAGAAAGGUCAGACGCGUCAGUGCUGUAUGGUACGUUGUGGCGAGCGGACUGCUUCUCGUAAAAUGUGGAAAGGAAGUCUGGUCUAGGGUACGGCUCCGUAUCUAAGUGACUGAUCAGGACGGAUUUGGGAGGUCAGCGCACCUGCAUAGACAAGUUUCCGUUCAUGCAGAGAGAUGUCGCUAAGAUGUCGCCACUGUCAGCUCUUGGGAGUGCUGUUGGCCGUGCUGUUCCACCCAUCCACCGCCAACUCAUCUGAGGUCGCCGACCCCACAGUGAUGAUCGUCAUGCUGAUCCGGAACAAGGAGCCGUUCCUGCCGUACACGCUGACACAGCUGGGCGAGCUCGACUACCCCAAGGAGAGGUUGACUCUUUGGCUGCGCAGCGACCACAACGAGGACGCGACACCGCGGAUCGUGAACCGGUGGCUGGAGGAAUUUAGUCACCUGUAUCACGAUGUGGACGCAGCAGUAGACACAACUUCACCGAGACUGAGAUCGGAUGAGACGGGGCCAACACACCACUCUGAUAGCCGCUACGCAGCGGUGAUUGAAAUGAAGGAGGAGGCACUGCUAAAGGCCAGGGAGCUGAAGGUCGACUUCGUGUGGUUCCUUGAUGCAGAUGUGCUGCUCUAUGACAAGGCGAUCCUGCGAACCCUAAUCAAGAUGGAGAAGCCGUUGGUGGCACCCAUGCUUGUCUCGACCGAGCGCUUCUCUAACUUCUGGGCAGGGAUGGACGACAGUUUCUACUAUCGUCGAACGGAACGCUACAGUGAUAUAUACGAGCGCGAAGAGAAGGGCUGCUUUGAUGUGCCGAUGAUCCAUUCGUGCGUGCUCGUGGACUUGAGAGAGCACCUAACCAAAUCUCUAACUUUUGUGAAAGAAAAGCUGCAAUCACCUGUCGGACCAAGCCUAGAUGAUGUCAUAACGUUUGCCAUUUCUGCACAACAGACUCUGCUUGCUAUGCACGUGUGCAACCAGGAAGAAUAUGGCCAGGUUCCAGUUCCUCUGGAGGAGUCGGACGAUCUAAUCCUCGACUGGGUGAAUCUCGCCGAGAUGAAGGUGAAGGCGCUGACCAUUGUGCCACACCUUCCCGUCACCGACGCUUUAGAGCCCUUCCUCCCACCACCUCUAGAGAAGUCAACGCUUGGCUUCGACCAUAUCUACAUCAUCAGCCUUGAACGCCGCCAAGCGCGUAGAAAGAGAGCCACCACUCUCUUCAACGAGCUCGGUAUUGACGCGGACAUAAUCAACGCGUUUGACGGACGCAAGCUCAACGAAUCGUACAUGCUCAGGCACAACAUAACGAUGCUGUCUGGCUACCGAGACCCUAUCCUGAAGCGGCCCCUCACUUACGGAGAGGUGGGCUGCUUCCUGAGCCACCACUCCAUCUGGACGGACAUCGUGAGGAACGACUAUCGACGCGCCAUCGUCUUCGAGGAUGACGCUCACCCACCUCUGGACUUUGAACGGAAACUGACCGAAGCAGUGGACGAGUUGGAUCGGCUUCACCCGGACUGGGAUUUGCUGUACCUCUACCGCGAAACCCACUUCCUGAAGGACGGCGAGGACACCUCAGAGCCGGUGCAAGGCUCUGAGCGACUUAUGCGUCCCGGCUACAGCUACUCGGGGAUGGCGUACGCGCUAUCCUGGUCCGGGGCGCUAAAGCUGGUCCGGGAGAAGCCCCUGCAGAAGAUGGUGCCGGUCGACGAGCUCCUGCCGAUCAUGUACGGCCAGCAUCCGAACAAACACUGGAACCGUCAGUUUAGCGGCAGCGGCUCGAUGAAGGCGUUCGCGAUACAUCCCCGGAUCCUCGAGCCCUACGUGUACCGUCGAGCAGGCGCCAUCACCGACACCGACGGAUCUGAGGUGGUUAAGCUCUGGGAGAACGAGCUGGAAGAGCAGAGCUGCUCGGCAGAUCCGGCUCUGCAAGAGGCGUGCCAGUGAUUGGUAGUGAUGGGUACUGGCUGACGCAAGGCCCUAAAAAAACAUUCUGAUCAGUGCUCUUGCUUAGGAGACCCAUGUUGUGCUUCCUGCUCGUUGCAAGCAUGUGGUCGCAAUUGGCAUUGGUUUAUUUGGUAAUGAAGUCCUUUCAGAAGCCUGUUUACGGUUUGUUCAUAUCUAAUGACUCAAGGGCUAUGUCAUGUAUCUGUUCUGUGAUAUUUCAUCGUCUGGCUUUAUUGUGACCUCUCCCAUGCUGUUGUGAAUACAACCUAUCG